CGGGCGGCGGCGGCGACGGGAGAGCCGCGGGCAGCUCCCUCGCUGCAUGCGAGCCGGGAUGAGGGUCUGUGGCGGCGCCGCUCGCGCGCAGCCGGCUGGGCAGCAUCUUCCCGACUGAUGUUGGAAGGGGCGUCCCGAUGACCUGCUAAGACUGCUUACCUGGGUCCUCAGGAAGAGACUGCGAUGUCCCAGGCACAGGAUUACGAAUGUGAGAGCCAUGAUGCCGGUGCCCAGGAGCCUCGGAUUUCAGGGUCGAGCACCAGGCUGGAGUGGGUGGAGAUCAUCGAGCCCCGCACCCGCGAGCGCAUGUACGCCAACCUGGUCACGGGCGAGUGCGUGUGGGACCCGCCGGCGGGCGUCCGCAUCAAGCGCACCAGCGAGAACCAGUGGUGGGAGCUCUUCGACCCCAACACGUCGCGCUUCUACUACUACAGCGCCACCACUCAGCGCACCGUGUGGCAUCGGCCUCAGGGCUGCGACAUCAUCCCCCUGGCCAAGCUGCAGACCCUGAAGCAGAACACGGAGUCCCCCCGCGCCUCGGCGGACAACAGCCCUGGGCGCGGCAGCAGUGUCAGCCGCGAUGGCAGCACCAGCUCCUCCCUGGAUCCCGAGCCGGACGCCGGCGGGAAGGGCCAGGAGCCGCUGGGGAGGAGCCGGCAGAUGGCAUUUGGGGCCGCGGAGGAGGAGAGCGGCAGUUCUUCCCCACCAGGAGUGUUCCUUGAGAAGGACUAUGAGAUUUACCGGGAUUACAAUGCGGACGGCCAGCUGCUCCACUACAGGACCACCUCCCUUCGGUGGAACUCGGGCGCCAAGGAACGCAUGCUCAUCAAAGUGGCCGACCGGGAGCCCAGCUUCUUCUCCCCCCAGGGCAAUGGGUGUGCCCUGGACAGCCCGCCGGGGGCCCGCUCCCGUAGACCCUCAGGUGGGCAGCACUCACCCAGCCUGCAGACAUUUGCCCCGGACCCAGACGGCUCAGUGUUCUUCCCCGAGCGGAGGCCAUCCCCCUUCUUGAAGAGGGCUGAGCUGGGCAGCUGUUCCCCACUGCUGGCCCAGCCGCGCAAGCCUGCCUGCGACUCACAGCCCUCCUCCCCACGCUACGCCUACGAGCCCCCCCUCUACGAGGAGCCCCCCAUCGAGUACCAGGCCCCCCUCUACGAUGAGCCUCCCAUGGACGUGCAGUGCGAGGCUGGCGGGGCCUGCCAGGCUGGCUCACCCCAACGGUCUCCAGGCCGAAAGUUGGUGCCCUUCCCUCAGUCGCCCAAGCAGACCUCGACCUCCCCCUUCCAGCAGCUGGUGCUCACCCGGCAGAAGUGCCCAGAGCGCUUCCUGAGCCUGGAGUACAGCCCUGCGGGCAAGGAGUAUGUGCGGCAGCUGGUGUACGUGGAGCAGGCCGGCUCAAGCCCCAGGCUGCGGGCAGGCCCUCGGCACAAGUACACCCCCAACCCGGGGGGGGGCUCGCUCUCGCUGCAGCCCAGCCCCUGCCUGCUGCGGGACCAGCGCCUAGGGGUGACAUCAGGGGACUACAGCAGCAUGGAGGGGCCUGAGAUGCGGCAUGCCCCUCCACCCUCCCCGCUCCCCCAGGCCCAGGACGACGCCAUGUCCUGGUCCAGCCAGCAGGACACUAUGUCCUCGACGGGCUACUCCCCGGGCACGCGCAAGAGGAAGAGCAGGAACCCCACUCUGUGCCAAGCCCCCAGCGCCUCAUCCACUGACAGCCCCGGAGACUGCGACCUGCUCCCGCAGUCCCUGGCUGAGGAGCGGCCCAAGUGUGGGCCCAGCCUGGCCCCAAAGCAUGCGGAGGCCAAGGCAGGCGAGGCCGACGGGGCGCGGGGCGGGGCCGAGCCCUUCCUAGCACAGGCGAGGCUGGCCUGGGAGGCACAGCAGGCCCACUUCCACAUGAAGCAAAGGGGCAGCUGGGACUCCCAGCAGGACGGCUCAGGCUACGAGAGUGAUGGGGCCGUGCCGCCCCCCAUGCCUGGGCCCGUGGUGCGCGCCUUCAGCGAGGAUGAGGCCUUGGCGCAGCAGGAGAGCAGCAAGCACUGGCAGAGGGGCGCCUUGGAGAGGCUCGCCUUCCCCCAGAUCCUGCUCGAGAAAAGUGUCUCCGUGCAGACCAACCUGGCCUCGCCUGAGCCCUACCUCCACCCCUCACAGUCCGAGGACCUCGGCACCUGUGCCCAGUUUGAGAGCAGUCGGCAGACCCGCAGUGUGAUGCCCAGUGCCAGCUGCGUGUUCCCCACAUUCACCCUACGCAAGCCGUCUUCAGAGACCGACAUCGAGAACUGGGCCUCCAAACACUUCAACAAGCACACGCAGGGCCUCUUCCGGCGGAAGGUGUCCAUCGCCAACAUGCUGGCCUGGAGCAGCGAGUCCAUCAAGAAACCCAUGAUCGUGACCAGCGACCGCCACGUGAAGAAGGAGGCGUGCGAGAUCUUCAAGCUGAUCCAGAUGUACAUGGGCGACCGGCGCGCCAAGGCCGACCCACUGCACGUGGCCCUGGAGAUCGCCACCAAGGGCUGGAGCCUGCAGGGCCUGCGGGACGAGCUCUACAUCCAGCUGUGCCGGCAGACCACCGAGAACUUCCGCCUGGAGAGCCUGGCCCGGGGCUGGGAGCUCAUGGCCAUCUGCCUGGCCUUCUUCCCACCCACGCCCAAGUUCCAUUCCUACCUGGAGGGCUACAUCUACCGGCACAUGGACCCCGUCAACGACACCAAAGUGACACAGCACAUGAAGGAACUCCUGGAAAGGAACACUAAGAAGAAGUCCAAGUUGAGAAAGAAACCCAAGCCCUAUGUUGAGGAGCCGGAUGGGGUGGCGAUAAGCACAUACGCCAAGUACUGUUACCACAAGCUGCAGAAGGCAGCCCUGACCGGGGCCAAGAAGGGGCUGAAGAAGCCCAACGUGGAGGAGAUCCGGCACGCCAAGAACGCCGUGUUCAGCCCGUCCAUGUUCGGCAGCGCGCUGCAGGAGGUCAUGAGCAUGCAGAAGGAGCGCUACCCCGAGCGACAGCUGCCCUGGGUGCAGACAAGGCUGUCUGAGGAGGUGCUGGCGCUCAACGGCGACCAGACGGAAGGCAUCUUCAGGGUCCCUGGGGACAUUGAUGAAGUGAACGCCCUGAAGCUACAGGUGGACCAGUGGAAGGUGCCUACAGGCCUGGAGGACCCCCACGUCCCUGCGUCGCUGCUGAAGCUGUGGUACCGGGAGCUGGAGGAGCCCCUGAUCCCGCACGAGUUCUACGAGCAGUGCAUCGCGCACUACGAGAACCCCGAGGCGGCCGUGGCUGUGGUGCACGCACUGCCCCGCAUCAACCGCCUGGUGCUGUGCUACCUCAUCCGCUUCCUCCAGGUGUUCGUGCAGCCCGCCAACGUGGCCAUCACCAAGAUGGACGUCAGCAACCUGGCCAUGGUGAUGGCGCCCAACUGCCUUCGCUGCCGAUCGGAUGACCCGCGCGUCAUCUUCGAGAACACGCGCAAGGAGAUGUCCUUCCUGCGCGUGCUCAUCCAGCACCUGGACACCAGCUUCAUGGAGGGCGUGCUAUAGCACGUGGGCUAAGGGACCGAGAGGGGGACAGAGCCAGGCUUGGGUGCACCCGGGCCAGCGAACACGCGGGGAGGGGGGAGGGAUGCCCCAGCCGCGGAGGUAGCAUGCCAGGCUCCGCCCAUGCCCGCCCCAGCCCUGGAAAUCUGCCCACCACCUCCCCUUCCCGGGCCUGAGGGCUCAGCCAGGGCAGAGGGACUGCC